UAGAGCUCUUUGCGCAAUAGAGUAACCAUGAGAAUAAGUGUGCAGUAAGAAAUUCUGGAGUGAGCAGUGUGUUCUAUUAAUUCUCUUUACUGAGUGUUGCACAGGAUCUGAGCUCAAUGGCUGUGUUUCUUCUUUUGGCUGGAAUGGUAGUGGUGGGCUAUAUGAUUUUUCAUAAUAUCUUUGUCAAAGGGGCAGUUUGCAAGAGCAAUGUGAAACUGCACGGGAAAACUGUAAUUGUAACAGGAAGUAACACAGGCAUAGGGAAGAUGACAGCGCUAGAUCUGGCCAGGAGAGGUGCCAGGGUCAUCCUGGCCUGCCGCAACAAACAGAGAGCUGAGGCUGCGCUCGCUGACAUCAAGAGGGAGAGUGGGAGCAAUGAGGUGGUGUUCAUGCAUCUGGAUCUGGGCAGUCUGAAGUCUGUUCGCUCCUUUGCUGAAACCUUCCUAAAGACUGAACGCAGAUUGGACCUGCUCAUCAACAAUGCAGGUAUUUACAUGCAGGGCAGCACAGAAGACGGCUUGGGGAUGAUGUUUGGUGUCAACUACAUCGGUCACUUCCUGUUGACCAACCUGCUUCUGGACCGUCUGAAGGAGUGCGGUCCGAGUCGAGUGGUCAACGUGGCGUCCUUGGGCCAUAAUUUUGGCAAAAUUGAUUUCAACUGCUUGAGCACUCACAAGGAGUUAGGUGUUGGCGAGUCUGCCACGGACGUCUUUAACAUCUAUUGCAACAGCAAGCUGUGUAACGUUGUCUUCACCCAUGAGCUGGCCAAGAGACUGAAGGACACAAAUGUUACCUGCUACAGCCUCCACCCUGGUAUAAUCGAAACUGAGCUGGGCCGUUACGCCAACUCUGCAUUUUUAAUGCUGUUGAAGCCCAUCUCAAUGUUGUUCUUCAAGAACUCUGUGGCGGGGUCUCAGACCACCCUGCACUGUGCCCUGCAGGAGGGCCUGGAGCCCCUGUCUGGAUGCUACUUCUCUAACUGUACAGUCAGGAACGUCUAUCCUAAGGCCAGAGAUGAUGCGGUGGCCAAGAAGCUAUGGGAAGUCAGUGAGAGUCUGUGUGGACUCCUGUGAAAGCCUCCCACUGUGAUUCAAGCUCUCCUCAGUGUGCAAGAUGAUUUUUGACAUUUGAGUGGACUUGCCCUUUAAAUCAUUCAACCAUGUCAAAGAAAUUCUAAAAGUGCUUACUCCGUGUGAUUAGUAUAUAGGACUGAUCUUGUGCAUUAACUUCUAAGUUCUUACCAUAGGUUCCUUAGGGUGUUCCACUCUGCCCUAGUAGAUAUAUCUGGAACAUAAUUAAACGACCCACCCAAAACUGUGCAUGCUGGAAUGAAUUAAACCAUGAAGUGGCAAAAAGGAUGAAGAAGCAUAGGCCUACUGGGCAAUUCAAGACUUAUGGAAAUAAAGUAUGUGUUCCUCAAUGAGGCUGUUGUAUAUUCGUUAGUUGUAUAAUAAUUGUGCCAGCACUGAACAGUGCAUCCAUUCAUAUUUUAGAUAAUGUUACCCCGUGGUUAAAGAUCAUGUGCACAUGGCCGAGGAGCUGAUGCUGUUUGUUGCCUUGAUCAUGUGCAUUUGAAUUAAAAACCAGGGGUGAAAAGAGUACAGAUAUAUCUCACUCAAGUAGAAGUACUGUUACUUUAGUACAAUUUCUACUCAAGUUGAAGUCAAACGAAUGGUGUAAAAAAACGACUUCAAGUCAAAUGAAUUGAGUUACUUUUAAAAUAUAAACAUUGACCAUGAUCAUUAUCUAAUUUUGCUAAGGUUACCUGAAUAUUGUUACACAUUUUCCUUGCAUUCAAUUGAAAAAGGAAUAGAGGCAAUGAAUGUAGAGGAGGAACUCAGUUAAUUUAUUUUCUGAAUUAUAAGUCACAUAUGUACGUAAAAUGAUUAACAUUUUAAUACAAACAUUCAAAGCAAUUCAAAUGUAUUGAAUUUGUUUUUUUUAACUAUACAAAAUAAAGUGCAUAAACAAAGUUUCCAGAUGUCAAUAUAUUUCAGCCUCCAGAAAUAAACAUGUCUAAUUCUUUCAACCA